AGAUUUUUAGGUAGAAUUUGGUGGGGUUGUACACUAACAAUAUCAUCCCACUUGCUAACAUCAACAUUUAUAGAACGUGGUAAUCUGCUUUUUUCUCUCUCAAAAGCCCGGGACAAUUAACGUGAAGUAUCGGAAUACCAAAAUAUCAAAAUAAAUACCCUGCAAGGGUUGAGCGUCAGCAACCAUGAAGCUCGACACCAAGGCUAUGCGCCACCUCACAGCAGAGGACUGGCGAGUCUUGACAGCCGCAGAAAUAGGCAGCAAAAACCACGAAGUAAUCCCCACACCCCUUAUCGAGUCCAUCGCCAAGCUUCGCGGCGGUGCUAGCCGAGUGCACAAGUCAAUCUCAGCGUUAGCCAAAGUCGGGUUGAUCGCUCGACUGAAGGAGGCUAAGUACGAUGGUUACCGGUUGACGUACGGUGGCAUGGACUACCUAGCCCUCCAUACAUACGCAAGCCGGCGAGAAGUGUACAGCGUUGGGAAUCGUAUCGGUGUCGGCAAGGAGAGUGAUAUUCUAGUUGUAGCCGACGAGUCCGGAACCCAGCGUGUUCUCAAGAUCCACCGACUAGGUCGAAUAUCAUUCCGCACCGUUAAAGCCAACCGCGACUAUUUGCGAAAACGCCAGGGUGGUAGUUGGAUGUACCUAUCCCGGCUCGCCGCCGAGAAGGAGUUCGCUUUCAUGAAGGCCCUAAAAAGCGAGGGCUUCCCCGUACCCGAACCCUUGGGUCAGAACCGUCAUACAGUACUUAUGCAAUUCGUCGACGCCUUCCCUCUACGCCAAAUCUCCGAGGUCCCCGACCCCGCAGCCCUUUACGCCGAUUUAAUAGCCAUGAUCCUACGUCUAGCGCGACAUGGCUUAAUCCAUGGAGAUUUCAACGAAUUCAAUAUCUUAAUCAAGGAAGAGAGAGAGGAACCAGAACCUUCCACCGAAUCCAAACAAUCCGAUGGGAUAGAAGGGAAAAAAGAGGGGAAGCUCACAGUGACGCCCAUCAUUAUUGACUUCCCUCAGAUGGUAUCUAUGGAUCAUCAAAAUGCCGAAAUGUAUUUUGACCGUGAUGUCAAUUGCAUCAAACGAUUCUUCGAGCGACGCUUCCAUUUUGUCAGCACCCAGCCCGGCCCAUUUUUCAAAGAUGCCAAGAAAACAGUAGGGAAGGACGGAGCUCAAAGGUUAGAUGCUGCGGUUGAAGCAUCCGGGUUUUCAAAGAAAGCUCUUAAAGAUCUAGAGGCUGCUAUCAGAGAGCAGCAGGCAGAAAGGGGCGAGCAGGCCGGAUCUGAAGACGACCAUGAUACAUCAUCUAUGGACGAAGACGAAGAUGAUGAAGAUGACGAUGAAAACAGCGACGGCAACGAGGAUGAAGGAAGAAAAUCACGGGUAGAUAGACCAAUAAUAGGUAUGGAUGCUCUGUCAAUUAGUGAAAAGACGUAAAUACGUAUAUUAACAUAACGGAUGAAAUUAAUUGAUACCCCCUUUGCAUGGCAUCCUAU